GGCUGCCGGUACCAAGUCCCCGCGGUGCAGGCAAAGGUUGAACUCACUACGCCUGCGCAACUUUAGCCCCGCCCCCUCCGCUGUUUUCCCCGGAAACGCUUCUUUCCUACGUAGCCGCUCCCGCCGCUGCGGUUGCUGGCGUUUUGCCUCUCUAGGCCGGCAGCGCCUCUCCUCCAUGGUCCUGUCUGUCAGCGCUGUUUUGGUAGCCCACCGGUGAGGCCGGGCCAUACUAGGGGACUUCGAUCGUCGUCUGUCACUGGGGAUGGCGGGCCAGUUCCGCAGCUACGUGUGGGACCCGCUGCUGAUCCUGUCGCAGAUCGUCCUCAUGCAGACUGUGUAUUACGGCUCGCUGGGCCUGUGGCUGGCGCUGGUGGACGGGCUAGUGCGAAGCACCCCCUCGUUGGACCAGAUGUUCGACGCGGAGAUCCUGGGCUUUUCCACCCCUCCAGGCCGGCUCUCCAUGAUGUCCUUCAUCCUCAACGCCCUCACCUGACAGGGCCUCGCUUUGUUGCCCAGGGUAGAGUGCAGUGGCAAAGUCACAGCUCACUGCAGCCUUGACCUCCUGGGCUCAAGCCAUCCUCUGAACUCAGCCUCCCAAGUAGCUGACACUACAAGUGCAAGCCACCAACCACAUUGGGCUAAUUUUUAGAUUUUUUUUAUAGAGACAGUGUCUCAGUAUGUUGCCCAGGCUGGUCUUGAACUGCUGGCCUCAAGCAGUCUUCCUGCCUUGACCUCCCAAAGUGCUGGGAUUACAGGCGUGAGCCACCAUGCCUAGCAUGUUCACAGUAAAUCUUAUUUGAGGCAUGAAUACAUCAAACAUAUAUGGAGAGUUGAAUUGGUCUAAGAGGGAAUGGGAUGCAGCAAAGCCCUAUUUGCCCACCUCCCUCCUCCCACAUUUGGAAAUCCUUAAACCAGCUUACUUAGGCCUCUGACUGUGAGAUUCAGAGCCACAGCCAUUUCCACCCCUGCUAGGGCCUUCAGGCAAUGAGAUGGCUAACUUUAGUACCCACGCAUCCAGUGCCACUCCUUCCCCAGAUCCCCUAGCUGUAUCCUGGGAGGCCUCAGCCUAGCCACUAGCCUGCUAUAUGAUGUUAGUCUAAGGCUGCCCCCACUGGACAAGGUUGGUCUAAGGCUUCCCCCUCUGGGGCCCAGCUCUGGGCCUGGCUUGGGGCUUGCAUCUCACCUGGCCUGGCAGUGGUGUUGUGACACCCACCUUGUAUGGACGCCACAUAGGCAUUUCAAGUGAUGCGGAGCAGAAGCGGGUGCAGCGACGCUUGACCCAACGCAGGGUGGAGGGUCUGCACAUCACCCGGGGCGCUGGGAGGUGGAUUCGUGUGGGCAGCCCCUCAAACCAGAUCCACUGGUCGGCCACAUCCAGCUGCUUCCUAUCCCCCAUGGGAGUUCUGUGGUGCUGGGGCUUAAUGACGAUGACUCGGAGGCCCUCAGUAAGUGGUUGCCUCCCCUGGGCUCCAGGGUUCAAGCCUUGACCCCUCGGUGUCCCUGGAACCUCAGGCUCUACCUGCUUUUCUUUCAAUGGCAUUGCUGCCAAUGACGUUUUUGCCUUGUUCCUCAUCCCUGACUGCACCUGGGGCUUCCACUCCUUGUCCUCUUUUUUCUUAGAGUCCCCUGUGGACUCUAAUCUCUUGGACCUGAGCUCCUUCUUGGAGCACGCGAUCUCCUGGAACUCUUCAUUAUUUUGUUGCACUUUAUUGCAGGCACUGUUUUCCCUGGCAGGGAGAAGAAAGGUGGUCAGCAGAGCAGGACUGAGGCCCUGGUCCUGACCCCCUAGCCUUGCACUGAGACAGUUGCUAUGUAGCCAGCUCAGGGGAGCCUGUUAAAAAAGCUAGAGGGGCCUGCCAAGAAACUUCCCUACUGCCCAGAGGCCUUGUGCUGGUGUGAGGGGAUGUGAUAAGCAUUGGCAGAAGGGAUGUGAGAGUCUGGGAAGGUGAAGCCAUGACUGGUAGUUAAGGCCCCUAGGAAUGGAUAUUGUCUACAUCAUCUGCCACUAGAUCAGGGUUCUGUCUCUCUGGGCUUCAGCUGGGAGGGUGAAAAGUCCAGUAGUUUUCCUAAAUUGUGCUCCAAGAAACCUUAGCGUUCUGAGGAGGUGUCUCAGUGUCAACCCGAGACCCACUGGGGGCAAGAUGAGGGCAGGAUACCUUCCCCCUGCCCAGAGCAACACAAUUGCGGCUUGGGGACAGAUAUUUGGACAGAGGUUUUACUGUUUUAAUAAAGUUGGAAAACUGUUCAAGACAAGCCUGGGUGACAUGGUGAGACCCUGUCU